AUGUCUCAGUAUUCACCCGAUCAAUUAGUUUUUUCUGAUGAAUCAGCUUAUGAUAGAAGAACUUUAUCACACUGGUAUGGAUGGAAUAUUAGUAGACAUUAUACAAAAAAAUCUACAUUUUUUGUUAGAGGACAGAGAUUUACAAUUGAAGGUAUAUUGUGUAUAAAUGGCCUAUUAGCAUAUGGCAUUCAAGAAGGAUCGAUGAAAUCUGAUGAUUAUGAAUAUUUUAUUGAAAAUAUUUUG